CACCAAGAAUGGCGCUGUAAUCGCUAAAAUUGUCAACAGACGACGCCAUUUUGGAGAGCCGCGAAAUUUGGGGGUUGGGCUGUUGCCCAAGCUUUCUCUUGUUUUGAGUGGACCUGUGUGAUUUAAAUGAACGAGUGAUGAGUAAAUAUAUUCAGGUAGCGGAGGAAGAAGGCGAUGAGUCCAUGGAAGUACCCCUCGAAGGGGACGGAACGCUACUUCUGUCGACUCUAAACGCGCAGUUUCCAGGAUCCUGUGGUUUAAAAUAUCGAAACCCCGACUCCGGGGCUAUGCGAGGAAUUCGGCUCUCGGACGGAAGAUUGUACCCUCCGGACGGUGAAUGGACGGUCCGGCUAUACGUUGCAGUCUUCCCCAAAGAUGCUAAUAGGAAGCGUGGAGAGGACAUUGUGGACGUGUGUUCGGCAGCGGCCCUGAGGUUAAAGCGUGACAAGUCCCAGAAAUGCAGUGACCUCAUUGUGCUCGGCCUUCCGUGGAAGAGUGGGGAGGAGGACCUUAAGAAAUAUUUCUCACAGUUCGGGGGCCUGCUUAUGGUUCAAGUGAAGAAAGAUCCAAAGACUGCCCACUCGAAAGGAUUUGGGUUUAUCCGGUUUGCUGACUACGAUGCACAGGUGAAGUGCAUGUCACAGAGACACCAUAUAGACGGACGCUGGUGUGAUGUACGAAUACCCAACUCCAAAGUGGAACAAAAAGACAACCUAAUGAACCGCAAGGUGUUUGUGGGGCGCUGCACGGAGGACAUGACCGCGGACGAUCUCAGAUCAUAUUUCAACAAGUUUGGCGAAGUGGUUGACGUGUUUAUACCAAGGCCUUUCCGUGCUUUCUCCUUCGUAACAUUUUCCGACGCAGACAUAGCCCAGAGCCUUUGCGGGGAAGAUCACAUCAUUAAGGGGGCCAGUGUACACAUAAGCAAUGCCGCCCCCAAGAGCUACGACAAACAGAUGGACACUCGUAAGGGAACCAUGAAUCACAGCCAACCGACAUAUAAUCAGGGCGGGUUUUCGCACACACCCUGGAGCCAGGGCGGCGGAGGACGAGGGCCAGGGCAGCCUCAUUUACAAGGGGCUGUUGCCCAAGGGGUACCACCAACCAACAUGGGAAUGAACAUAGGGGCCUUUCACAUGAACCCGGUCCUGGCCGCAGCACAGGCCAUGCUCUCAAGCCAAGGGGGCUGGGGGCCCAUGGGGAUGGUGAAUCAGCAAGGAGGGCCCACCCCGGUGAGCGGAGGCACCCCUCUCCCUCCGCCCCUGCCCACCGCGAUAGAGGCACAGCCUGCCCAAGCCUCACAACAGCAACAGCCCCCCCAGUCAUUUGGCAACGUCGGGGUCGCCAGCAACCAGCAUAACCAGCAAGUGAGUUCAGGGACUGUUGUGUCCUCGGGCAACAGUUUUCUGGGCUGGGGAGGGGCCCAGGGGGGAGAGAUACAGCAGCCUCAGAGUACUAGCCCAGGGGUAGGAGGAUGGGGCGCGGCGCCGCAUAAGCAGUCGGGAGGUGCUUGGAGCUGAAUACAUGUAUUGUAUAGAUAAAAGAAUGAGCCUUGCUUUGUGAAAAGGGGGUUUAAUGUAUGCACAAGGACAUCACUCAAGUGUCGUCCCUGAUUAGCCUGUGGAGAUUUCAGUGCACUGGCUUAUCAUGGAGAACACUUAAUGCAUAUGCAUUAAAAACCGUUUUCCCAUAGAGAGGCUGAACUAUAUGUGUAUUUAUUGGUUGGCUCUGUUUUUAGACUGUUACAUGAUUAUAUUUACUGUUAUUGAUUAUUAAUUGAUUUUGUUUUGUGAUUUUAGGAUUUAGUGUUAUUUAGUUAAAACAAUUACAUGUUCACCAUAAUUAGAAUUUUUAGUUCAAGAAUUACAUGUGAAGUCUUUUUUACCAUAAAUAGAAUUUUCAAUGGAGUUAUUAACAAUGGAAAACAUGUUCUUAGCAUUUGAAUUCUUUUAGGGCGGGUCUUUUGUUUCUUUCUUUUUUUUAUGCAGACAUAUGGCAACAAGUUUUGUUUGAUUGUUUUACAUUUUAAGAGAAAAGCCAUUUUUGUGAAUUAACCGUUGUCAACUACCUCCUUCAUGUACAAAGUCUGUUCAUGUAAUUUAAGAGUCUGUUGUUGGCUGGAAAACUGUUGUUUUACAUUAUUGAUGCCGAAUAUUUUGGCUUGACUGUUAUAGGCAUGUGAUGUUGAAAGUUUUUUUGAAAAAAAUAAUUGGGCAAAAGGCAUACUGGUUUCAGAUGGUUAGUUGUUAAAAGUACAUGUAUGCCAGGUUUGAUUGCUAAGAUCCAUUUUCUGGACCAGAGGUGUAUUUGAUGCGAAAUUGAUUGCACAUAUUUUCAAUCACAAUGGAUUCUUUUAGCAAUUUUGUAUGUAUUGAUAGAACUUUGUAAUUACAAAAUGUUUCAGUUCAAGAAUUGAAAUUGUUACCAAAGCAACAAAACACUAAUGGCUCAUUGUUUGUCCUUUUUUAUGUAUGAAUAAACUUUUUAAUCAUUUGUUCCUACAUAGAUUUCUGACAGUAUUUGAUGUGACUUUUGUACAUGAAUUUCUUUGAGAGCUCAUCCUACAUUAACAAGAAUACUGAUUAUAAUUACAACUCCAGUGUUAUUUCCAAACUUAAAUACACUAUCUUGUACCUGACAAUAUUUGGAUGUGAUCCAGUUUUUGUGUGUCUUUUUCUCUUUGAAACUUAAAAAUUUACACUUUCUAUUGUACUUUAUAAAGUAAACAAAAAUCAAUUAUAAAAUCAAGAUGUAACUAUUAAAUGUUGUGUUUUAUUGUGUACCUGUUGGUGUGAAAAAUGUUACAGUUGAGCCUCGUCAUGUAAAAAUGUGUCUUAUGCUAUUUAACCCUUUCAGUGCUGGAACCGAAUUUUGAAGGCCUUUGCAAACAGUUUGGAUCCAGAUGAGACGCCACAGAACGUGGCUUCUCAUCAGGAUCCAAACUUUUUUCUAUUCUGAAAGUAUUAUUGAAAAAAAAAUGGAAGAAAAUGCUAAUUUUAGAAAUUCAGCAGACAACAAUUAAGCAGACGACAAAUUUCCCAGCAUGCAAAGGGUUAGUCACACAAGGUUUCGUUGUCUGAUUAGCAAACAGCGUAGCUCCAGAUGAGACUGCACAAAUGCCAAGGUUAUUCUGUAGCUACAUUGCUGCAAAAUGCAUAAGUCUAGUUUUUGCUUGGCGCUGCUCAAGGCAGUGGUUCAGUGCUUAGUCUUGUAAUUGAUAGUGUUUGAGACAUUUGACGUUUAAAUUUGUGUAAUUAAAUAUUGUACAGUUCUAUUUAUUUUGUAUGUUGUAAAGAUAGUUUAUAUUUUUGGUAAAAAAUCAUGUUACUCACCUAAAGUGUUGACUGUAAAACUGUGUUAGCGUUUUCCAUGUGCACAUUUACAUUGUAAAUGAGUUCGCCACAUUGGAGUUUCUUCAAAAGCAUGUAGAAAAGUAUUGCGUUGAUAUACUUGUACUUUUGAACAGUCUGAGGUUCCAUAAAGUCACAAGAUUUAUAACAUUGAAAAUAAAGAAAACUGCUGGUAUUAAGUAAAAAGUAACUUCAAAUUCAAUGCCAAUUUUUCAUUGUCAAUGCAUAUUUGUUCUGUUUUCUUGAACCAGAUGCCUUUUUGAUUGAAUAUUACGGACCAAGGUAUCAACAAGCAUGAUUAUAAGUUUAAAAAAUCGUCCUUAUUGUGGUUUACAGCAGAUGUAUAGGGUCGAGUUAUGUGGUUUCCUGUAAAUAUAAUGACUGUAAAUGGCAAAGAUCUAAUAUAUGAAACAAAGUACACAAACGUGUAUUUUGUACAGCCAUUAAGAUUUAAUAUUAAGUCAAGUGUACAUUAUGAUGAUGGAAGUUAAUUUUGACAUUCAAGAAGUUGUCAAAGUGUUCUAAAUUUCACAGAGACAUUUGCAGGAGGUUUUGUAUUGCAAACAAUUUUAUAUAAAGCACAUGUACAAUUGUUAGCAUACCCUUACAUUAUUUAUUUUUUGAAUACCUAUUUAGAAUUUAUGGUAGCUCUUUGGGAUAUCUAAUUAAAUUUAACAGAAGUUGGAAUGUUAUUGUGUGUAGUUUUUUCUUUUGAAGGAUUUCCUUCUUGGUUUAUAUGCCAGAACAUAUUUGUCUUUUUUUAAAUUAAAUACAGUUAAUUUUAAAUUUUAUAAUUUAUUGAUUUUAGGUUAUACAUGCUGUUUUUGUUUUUAAUAUUGUUGUUUACAAAAAAAUUACUCGGUAAAAGUGGGUAACUAAUAAAUAAGUGCAAGCAAAAUUAAAACUUCUCAUUGUUAACUUCUAGAAAUUGCUUUUCGUUUAUUUUAUUUCAUUUAUAAAAAUGUUUGUGGAACAUAAGAUCUCAAGUCUCAUUGUUAAAAAAAUAGCAGGUCUGCUGAAAGUAUUAAGAAUGAAAUAUUAUAAUGACGUUUUGCAGUUACCUGGUAAUAGCUUGAAAACCAUUAAAUAUGAAACAUCAUUGUAUUGAAGUUUAAAUCUUUUAAAUUAUAUGAUAAAUUUUUAUGGUUGAAAAAUAUAAAAAGGCAAAUGCUUAAACAGAAUGUGUGUUUUUACAGUUGAAAACUAUUAAAACUUAUUUUAAUAAGGAGUGUAUGGUUUUGUGUGUUAUUUUAGCCUUUAAUAGAUUUAUGUUAUGCUUUGUGUGUUUCUGUAAUCAGAAGACAUAGUGUUUGUUAACCUAUAUGGCAGCUUUCUGUAACAAGUAUUUCAUAGACUGGUUUAAUGAUUGUUUGAAAUGCAUAUUACUGUUUAGGUAUUUGUGAAUAACAUGUAGGACACACGCAAAAUGGAUUGUGACCAGUUUUCAACUGUUUCUGUAUUUAUUGUAUAUUUUUUGUUCAAGCUAUAGUAAUCAAAUCAACUUAAAAGUUUAGAAAUGUGUAUUUGAAGGAAAGACAUAGCAACUUAUUUAAUGCAGUGUGUUUGAAUAUGUAGACAUUUUAAUCCCCAUUAAGAAUAAUUGUUGAUGUAAAUGGAAUCUGACAAACCUGUAUUUGAUGCAGUGUUUGCACAAGAGUAUCAUUUCGUUGAAUGUGUCACAAUCUUAGUGCUGAUUAUUUGAAGAUGGUCUUUGAAUACUUAAAGAGGAAUAUUGGGUUGAAAGCCAGGGGGAAUAAUGGCUUGAAAGCCAGGUCAGUAUUGUGUUGAAAGCUGUGAUCGCAUUUUUCAUUUCUCAUAAGAAUGCCUGCAUUAUGUACCAAGGCGCUAUCUUUGAGUUUAUUUUAUGCUUCUGUACCAGUUUAAAAUGGUUAUACGUGGUCUUACUGCAAAUACUGGUUAUGGAAGACUGUCACAAUCAAUAAAUUUUCAAAAGUGAAAUAUUAACAUGCAUUUGUUUCAAAGGAAACAUUUUGAGGUGUCUUUUUUGGUUACAUGAAAGCCAGAAUGUAGAGUGAGAAGUUUAUAACGGUUAAGUGUGGGGAUAGAUUACUGUUCAACAUAAGUAGUAAAUGUAAAUAUGUGAAAUGUGUUAAACCUCACGCAGCACUUGUUAAAGUUUUUCCCUAUAUGUUUCCAUAUAUUUGUUAAAUAUUCAAUAUCAUUUCUUUUUUAGCUGUAUUCUUCUCUGAGUUUGUUUUAUCCACUAUUUGUAUGUGAGUGACUGGUGUCAAAAAUAAUUUAUUUCAACUGUAAAUAGGAAGACAUUACUGAGGAAAAAAUGUAAAUUGUUUGGCUGAAUUAAAGCUCUUUUUGCACGCCAGAAAGUAAAAUUUGUAAGUUGAAAAAUGCUUUAAAUUAAAACUUUAAUUAAACGUAUCAUUAUGAAACGCUUAAUACCCUGAUACAGAGUAAAAAUAAGUUAUAAAAAAAAUAAGUUUGAAUGUUGAAAAUGUUCAUGUAAUUGUAUUGGUGUCUUUUCAAUGAUAAUGAUGAAUCGUAAAUUAAUUAAUUAAUAUAACCAUCGAAUUUUUACAAUUAAGUUAUCUUUUAACUUCAUUUUUAAUAAUUAGAAACAAUGCCAAGUAAUGGAUGUGUUUACUGGCGUGCAUAUUGGAACUAUAGGUCAGCAGUUUUGGAUGUCAAGUUUAAAUGACUGACCAUUGUCGCAAAUGACCAUCCGUUGUACAAACUUCAUCCGGCAAAUUUGUUACGAAAUGAACUGUGUUUUUGGUUGAAUGGUUACAAAAUUAUAUAGAUGAUUUAAAUAUAACAAAACAGUUGAUGUAA